UAUCAGGUAUUUCAAAACCUCACUCAACCCCAAUCAGUGUGGUUUACUCAAGGCGUGAACUUAACUUUCUUUAACACAAAAAUGUUCAUACCUCAUGACACUGACUGACAAGGAACAUGCGCGCGUCUUCAUCAGUCAAAACCCUGAUGGCAGGUGCCUUCGAAUGCUUAUUUGAAUUUUAAAAGACUGCAGAUUUUUCUGAAGACAGGAAAACAACAGGAUUUGUUACAAAUAUUUAUAUUUUCUCAAUACAAAUAACCAUCUAGUGGAAAGAAUCUCAUUAUGUAUUUCUGGAAAAAAGAAACAUUUCUGCUGGUGUAUUUAACAGUCAUGACUAUUGCAACACAGGAAGGAAUAUCAUCAACUACAGUAGAAGACUCAACAAGUGACCAGACACAAACCACAAGUGUUUCUGAAUCAACACCAUCACCUACCACAGAAGGAACGAGUACUUCAGAAGUUACGUCAUCCACAACAGGAAUAUCAACAACUACAGUAGAAGACUCAAUAAGUGAGUCGACACAAACCACAAGUGUUUCUGAAUCAACACCAUCACCUACCACAGAAGGAACGAGUACUUCAGAAGUUACCUCAUCCACAACAGGAAUAUCAUCAACUACAGUAGAAGACUCAAUAAGUGAGUCGACACAAACCACAAGUGUUUCUGAAUCAACACCAUCACCUACCACAGAAGGAACGAGUACUUCAGAAUUUACCUUAUCCACAACAGGAAUAUCAUCAACUACAGUAGAAGACUCAUCAAGUGACCAGACACAAACCACAAGUGUUUCUGAAUCAACACCAUCACCUACCACAGAAGGAAUGAGUACUUCAGAAUUUACCUCAUCCACAACAGGAAUAUCAACAACUACAGUAGAAGACUCAACAAGUGAGCAGACACAAACAACAAGUGUUUCUGAAUUUUCACCAUCAUCUACCACAGAAGGAAUGAGUACUUCAGAAGUUACCUCAUCCACAACAGAAAUAUCAACAACUACAGUAGAAGACUCAAUAAGUGAGUCGACACAAACCACAAGUGUUUCUGAAUCAACACCAUCACCUACCACAGAAGGAAUGAGUACUUCAGAAGUUACCUUAUCCACAACAGGAAUAUCAUCAACUACAGUAGAAGACUCAACAAGUGAGCAGACACAAACAACAAGUGUUUCUGAAGUUUCACCAUCAUCUACCACAGAAGGAAUGAGUACUUCAGAAGUUACCUCAUCCACAACAGAAAUAUCAACAACUACAGUAGAAGACUCAAUAAGUGAGUCGACACAAACCACAAGUGUUUCUGAAUCAACACCAUCACCUACCACAGAAGGAACGAGUACUUUAGAAGUUACCUUUUCCACAACAGAAACAUCAUCAACUACAGUAGAAGACUCAAUAAGUGAGUCGACACAAACCACAAGUGUUUCUGAAUCAACACCAUCACCUACCACAGAAGGAACGAGUACUUCAGAAGUUACCUCAUCCACAACAGGAAUAUCAACAACUACAGUAGAAGACUCAAUAAGUGAGUCGACACAAACCACAAGUGUUUCUGAAUCAACACCAUCACCUACCACAGAAGGAAUGAGUACUUCAGAAGUUACCUCAUCCACAACAGGAAUAUCAAAAACUACAAUAGAAGAUUCAAUAAGUGAGUCGACACAAACCACAAGUGUUUCUGAAUCAACACCAUCACCUACCACAGAAGGAAUGAGUACUUCAGAAGUUACCUCAUCCACAACAGGAAUAUCAACAACUACAGUAGAAGACUCAAUAAGUGAGUCGACACAAACCACAAGUGUUUCUGAAUUUUCACCGUCAUCUACCACAGAAGGAAUGAGUACUUCAGAAGUUACCUCAUCCACAACAGAAAUAUCAACAACUACAGUAGAAGACUCAAUAAGUGAGUCGACACAAACCACAAGUGUUUCUGAAUUUUCACCAGGACCUACCACAGAAGGAACGAGUACUUCAGAAGUUACCUCAUCCACAACAGGAAUAUCAUCAACUACAGUAGAAGACUCAAUAAGUGAGUCGACACAAACCACAAGUGUUUCUGAAUCAACACCAUCACCUACUACAGAAGGAUUUAGUACUUCAGAAUUUACCUUAUCCACAACAGGAAUAUCAACAACUACAGUAGAAGACUCAACAAGUGAGUCGACACAAGCCACAAGUGUUUCUGAAUCAACACCAUCACCUACCACAGAAGGAACGAGUACUUCAGAAGUUACCUCAUCCACAACAGGAAUAUCAUCAACUACAGUAAAAGACUCAACAAGUGAGCUUGCACAAACAACAAGUGUUUCUGAAUUUUCACCAUCAUCUACCACAGAAGGAAUGAGUACUUCAGAAGUUACCUCAUCCACAACAGAAAUAUCAACAACUACAGUAGAAGACUCAAUAAGUGAGUCGACACAAACCACAAGUGUUUCUGAAUCUUCACCAUCACCUACCACAGAAGGAACGAGUACUUCAGAAGUUACCUCAUCCACAACAGGAAUAUCAUCAACUACAGUAGAAGACUCAACAAGUGAGUCGACACAAACCACAAGUGUUUCUGAAUCUUCACCAUCACCUACCACAGAAGGAACGAGUACUUCAGAAGUUACCUUAUCCACAACAGGAAUAUCAUCAACUACAGUAGAAGACUCAACAAGUGACCAGACACAAACCACAAGUGUUUUUGAAUCAACACCAUCACCUACCACAGAAGGAAUGAGUACUUCAGAAGUUACCUUAUCCACAACAGGAAUAUCAUCAACUACAGUAGAAGACUCAACAAGUGACCAGACACAAACCACAAGUGUUUCUGAAUCAACACCAUCACCUACCACAGAAGGAAUGAGUACUUCAGAAGUUACCUUAUCCACAACAGGAAUAUCAUCAACUACAGUAGAAGACUCAACAAGUGAGUCGACACAAACCACAAGUGUUUCUGAAUCAACACCAUCACCUACCACAGAAGGAUUGAGUACUUCAAAAUUUUCCUUAUCCACAACAGGAAUAUCAACAACUACAGUAGAAGACUCAACAAGUGAGUCGACACAAGCCACAAGUGUUUCUGAAUCUUCAACAUCACCUACCACAGAAGGAACGAGUACUUCAGAAGUUACCUCAUCCACAACUGUAAUAUCAUCAACUACAGUAGAAGACCCAACAAGUGAGCUUACACAAACAACAAGUGUUUCUGAAUUUUCACCAUCAUCUACCACAGAAGGAAUGAGUACUUCAGAAGUUACCUCAUCCACAACAGAAAUAUCAACAACUACAGUAGAAGACUCAAUAAGUGAGUCGACACAAACCACAAGUGUUUCUGAAUUUUCACCAUCACCUACCACAGAAGGAACGAGUACUUCAGAAGUUACCUCAUCCACAACAGGAAUAUCAUCAACUACAGUAGAAGACUCAACAAGUGAGUCGACACAAACCACAAGUGUUUCUGAAUCUUCACCAUCACCUACCACAGAAGGAACGAGUACUUCAGAAGUUACCUCAUCCACAACAGUAAUAUCAUCAACUACAGUAGAAGACUCAACAAGUGACCAGACACAAACCACAAGUGUUUCUGAAUCAACACCAUCACCUACCACAGAAAGAAUGAGUACUUCAGAAGUUACCUUAUCCACAACAGGAACAUCAUCAACUACAGUAGAAGACCCAACAAGCGAGUUGACACAAACCACAAGUGUUUUUGAAUCAACACCAUCACCUACCACAGAAGGAAUGAGUACUUCAGAAGUUACCUCAUCCACAACAGGAAUAUCAUCAACUACAGUAGAAGACUCAACAAGUGACCAGACACAAACCACAAGUGUUUCUGAAUCAACACCAUCACCUACCACAGAAGGAACGAGUACUUCAGAAGUUACCUUAUCCACAACAGGAAUAUCAUCAACUACAGUAGAAGACUCAACAAGUGACCAGACACAAACCACAAGUGUUUCUGAAUCAACACCAUCACCUACCACAGAAGGAACGACUACUUCAGAAGUUACCUUAUCCACAACAGGAAUAUCAUCAACUACAGUAGAAGACUCAACAAGUGACCAGACACAAACCACAAGUGUUUCUGAAUCAUCACCAUCACCUACCACAGAAGGAACGACUACUUCAGAAGUUACCUCAUCCACAACAGGAAUAUCACCAACUACAGUAGAAGACUCAACAAGUGACCAGACAGCAACCACAAGUGUUUCUGAAUCAACAUCAUCACCUACCACAGAAGGAACGACUACUUCAGAAGUUACCUUAUCCACAACAGGAAUAUCAUCAACUACAGUAGAAGACUCAACAAGUGAGCUUACACAAACAACAAGUGUUUCUGAAUCAACACCAUCACCUACCACAGAAGGAACAAGUACUUCAGAAGUUACCUCAUCCACAACAGGAAUAUCAUCAACUACAGUAGAAGACUCAACAAGCAUGCAGACACAAACCACAAGUGUUUCUGAAUCUUCACCAUCACCUACCACAGAAGGAACGAGUACUUCAGAAGUUACCUUAUCCACAACAGGAAUAUCAUCAACUACAGUAGAAGACCCAGCAAGCGAGUCUACACAAACCACAAGUGUUUCUGAAUCGUCACCAUCACCUACCACAGAAAGAAUGAGUACUUCAGAAGUUACCUCAUCCACAACAGGAAUAUCAUCAACUACAAAGGAAUGA